CUGCCCGACACCCGCAAAAGUAGCAUUGUCAUCAUCAUCACGCUGUAUCUCUCAUCAUGGCGUCGCAAAGCUUGCGGUGCUUGUGUGUGUGAACAACUGUAGCGUUUGUGUGCCUAGUAAACUCGGGUAAACCAAAGGGGACGACGAAAUGGACUUUCAACAUCGGCCCGGCGGCAAGACCGGCUCCGGCGGCGUCGCGUCAUGGUCGGAGUCCAACAGAGACCGGAGGGAACGGCUGCGACAGCUUGCCCUCGAAACUAUCGACCUUCAAAAGGACCCGUACUUCAUGAAAAAUCACUUGGGUUCUUACGAGUGCAAACUGUGCCUGACAUUGCACAAUAACGAAGGCAGUUACCUGGCCCACACACAAGGCAAAAAGCACCAGGCCAAUCUUGCGCGCCGAGCAGCCAAGGAAGCCAAAGACUCUCCUAUCCAGCCCGCACCAGCGAAGCCUCGUGUCGACAUCAAGAAAUUUGUGAAGAUUGGACGACCAGGCUACAGAGUUACCAAACAAAGGGACGGUGAAACUGGCCAGCAGUCCUUGCUGUUUCAAGUGGACUACCCUGAAGUCAAUGACAAUGUGGUGCCUCGACAUCGGUUCAUGUCAGCUUAUGAACAGAAGGUGGAACCACCAGACAAGAAGUGGCAGUACCUGCUCUUCGCGGCUGAACCUUAUGAAACUAUUGCUUUUAAGGUGCCAAGUAGAGAAGUGGACAAGUCCGAGGGCAAGUUCUGGACUCUCUGGAAUCGAGACAGCAAGCAGUUUUUCCUGCAGUUCAGCUUCAAGUUGGAAGCCAAGCCAAAACUUCCAGGCAUUCCCAGUCACAGCAUGCCAACCCUAGCGCCACCACCACCACCGCCUCCUCCAGGAGGCGGCAACAGCUAGCUAGGAAGCCAUGGAAUAAAUGUGGCAUUCUCAUUC